AUGUAUGUCGACCUGAAUUUGAAAUUCACAUCAGUACAGAAGGCCAAGGCGCUGAUAGCGAAGGCACUGAACGUGGGGUUCAGCAUCGUAGCAGUGAGUGUACAAUAUGAGGGAGACAAUAAAGCUAUUUUAUCUGAAUCGUAUAAUGUAGUAAAUUGCUUGGUGUGUAGUGAAAAGGUUUCGGAGAAAAGGAGUGAGAACAGCUGCUUUGGGAAUUAUUUUGUUGACAGACUUGAUGAAGAAGAAGAACUACGUGAGCAGCUCGUCCAGAUAAGUUGCAACAAUGAGGGGAACUACAUUUUAGUAAACCGACCAAACACAUUAAGCGUUAAAAAUAUAUGUGACGAUUUUAUAAUGCAUCGGUAUCACCAAGUGCCGACGGAGGAACAGCUGGAUAGAUUAAAGGAUCAGUUAAUGAGUACCAGCGGUAUGUCGAGUAUCCGUCGAGGUCUCAUCCUCACCAACAAUACAAACACGUAUGUACUGAAGAGACUUAAUAUAGAAUAUAAAUACGCAGUCAGGAUGGAGAACUACAGCAAGUUUGUAAAAGACAGCAAUUUCGACAUUGUCGCCAUCGAAGUUAGCUCAGUCGAGGACAUAAAUCUUGUCGCCAUGAAAUUUGACUGUGACAUCAUAUUUUUCAGCAAGAACACAUCCUUUGCACAAAUGAAAAAAUCCGAUGUGCAAAGUGCACUAGAUAGGGGGAUCUUCUUCGAAAUAUCUUCCCUUACCACCCCAAGUGAGGACUCCCAUUAUUAUCACUUGGCUUUAAAUAUUUCUAGCAUCUUUUCGAUCGUCCCCUUUGGCAGAAUCAUCAUUUCCUCAGGGGCCUUCACAGACCUGGAGAUCGUAGAACCCCUCAAUUUGCUGCGACUCUUUUUUAACUUCCACAAAUUUUCCUACAAGGACCUAAUCGGCUGCCUCACCACCGCACCCAUUGCCUGUCUGCAGCGGGCCUCCGUGCGCAAAUCACUCAACACGGCGGUGUUUCAGAGGUAG